UGAAAGUGUGCUCAUGGUAGAAGAUGAGGAGACCAGAGAGUUUCGUGAAGCUUUUGUUGCACUCAGUGCCCACUUCAUUGGCACAAGUGCAACUUCAUUGUCACGGAGUCAGAUAACAACUGCAGCCCAGGCCUGCAGCAUCCUCCUGCGAAUGCUGCUGAGGUGGCUGAAGGUGCACAGGGAAAAUUCCCUCCUACAACAGAGCCUCAUCAUGGUCCUCAUUAGUGGCCUGUGUCUCUCAAAUGCGGGCACACCAUCCAAGUCAGAGCUGAGUCCUCUGUCCUCGGUGCUCAAGUCUGCCCACCUUCCUCCCAGUCUGAUAUCAAAACAAGAUGGGACUGAACGGCGUCGGGACGACACACGAGAGCUGCGGCAGCUCUGGCUGAACCCUAGCAGUACCAUCCUGGAGCAGCUGUCCACCCCACUUCUGGAAAACCCUUUGGGGCCCAAGUCAGAUGCUAGCACAGAUCUUGACAAGGACUUGGAUCUCAGUGCCAGCCACAUCAUUGACCCUGGAAUGGAAGCUAAGAACUUUUUGCUGGCCAAAAAUUUGGCCAGCUUGCAACGAGAGCGAGCAGGUGACGUCUUGCUUGAUGUGUGCCUGGCCCUACCCUCCGUGGUGCAGUACACGCAAGGCUUAGAAGAUGUACUUCUCUCAGGAGGCACCAUGGUGCUUGACUGCCUGACAAGCAGCAUUGUGCUAUCUGGAUCGAAAGCACUGUAUGCAGACAUAGCUCUAGUGCGCAAGUGCCUGAACCUUCCUGUGUUGGAGCCACUAGGUGAAGUGCGGUUGCAGCGGCUCGUGCGACUGGCCCUGGGGUGUGGACACAUGGCUGUGGCCGUGACGCAGGCGGUGUGCGUACUAGGUGUGUCCUCAUCCGGAGGGAGCAACCAACCUGUUUCGGGCAAUGCCAAGGGAGUCCCUUGCUGGGAUGACGAUGGGCACCUGGCGCUUGCUGCCCGUGUAGUUGAGUCUUGUCUUGAAGUCUACAACACUAUUGCAUCCACCAUGAGGUCAUCAACAAGAGCUGGUGGUCAUGUGCUGCAGAACCUACACGUGUUGACGUCAUGGCUGCUACUUAGAGGCCUACAAGUGAUACUGAGCUUGAACACAUUCCUUGAUCGAGGUAUUUGCAAGGAAGGUUCAGGCGCCAAAAGCAACAGAGGGCCCUUGGAUCAGACACCGACCAGGACCAGGGAACAGUCAAGUGGCCUCAAACAGAACCUUCUGCGCAUCCAGCAGGGCUUCGGAGUCUUGCCCGUGGCACUUGCCAACCAAGUGCUGUCGCUUCUGACCAGCGUGUUUGGCGAUCUCAGACUGGAAGCCGGUGCAGCACCUGAAGAGAGUGAUCGAGAAGCCAGUCGUGCAGAUGAGCGCAUCCUCACCUUCCUGGGCAACAUCAAUACACCUUUCUCUGCAUGGAAAUGUGUCCGGGUGCUCAUGCAGCUGAACCUACCUGCCCUGCUCUUCGACCUUGUCUCAGUCUCUUACCGCAAGGCAGGGAUGUUGAAGAGGAUUCAGAAGCAUCCAACAGAUGGCGACAACUUCAGCACUUCAGAUUCAAACACAUUCUAUGAAGAAGACUUCAGUACAUCAGAUGAUAGCAGUGCCGAUGAAGAUGAUGACAGCGAGCCCAUCUUGGGCCACUGGUAUGAACUAACAACUGCCCCACGAGAACAUAGCCCUGGUCCAGGACCAUUGCAGCCAAAGGGAGUUCCUGAGGCGGAGGUGACAGAAAACAGAGGUGUCCGCUGUUCCUUGGCUGAUGGCCGACCCCUGAUUCCAGACAAGGAGGAACCGCAUGGAUAUAUCCAGUUGUCAACGAAAGUCCUCAACUUUGUGAAUGCCUACCUAGUCAACUUUGAGCCAGUACAGGCAUAUCUCAAAUCUGGAAUUGGUAUGCCGCAGAUGGUUAUUCUUGCGGGUAUCAUCAAAGACUUGGACCGUGAGACAUGCAAGAGCACAAUUGGUCUUUUGUUUGGAGCUUCUCUGGGCCAACUGUAUGAGGACUUUUCAAGAGCACUGGCUAGGUUCAUCCAUAAUGUAUUGGCCACUGGCUUGUUGGAUGAUGUCUACCAGGAUGGCCUCUUGACUCAUCUGAAUAUCAACCCAUGGAUUCAGAAAGAAUGGCCGUUGCAGAUCUACUGGCGCACAUUGUCAGUGCUGGCACAGGUGCUUUUGUUGAGACAGCAGAAAGACAAGGAUGACCUGAGAAGUGAGAAUGACACAGCUUGCAUACUCAUCUUUCGGCUCGUGCUCAACACCAUGCAGAAAGCCAUCCUUUCAUCACAUGUUGAUGACAGUGAAGACAUGAAUGUGGAGCACACCCAGCUACUGCUUUUUUUGUUUCACAACCUGCAGCUAAUGCAGAAGAAAGUGGUGCUACUGAGUGUUGCCAAGACAAUUAUUAAUGUGGCCCCAGUGUCCCAGAGCCCAUUGAAAGACAUCCAGAUUAUCUACAUUGCAAGACUUCUGCACAUCUUUGAGUACCUUAUCAAGAACUUGUAUGAUGCUCCGGCUUCCCUCGUAGACCAGGUUCAAGGAAAUUUGUUCAACAUUCAUGGUGCUGUUUCUGCAAACCCUGAUGCUGAGAAUACCAAGCAGCAUGGAAAGCUGUUUUUUCCUUGCAAAGAAGUUGAAGACAACUUUGCAAAGAACUCUCUGUCAGAUGUGGUUCAAGGUUCACACAUCAGGCCAAAGUUUUACCACCUCAUGAUUUUGGAAUCUGGCACACAGGAUGUCCCAAAGUUGGAUGGUUUUGCCUGCAGCUUUCUUCUUGCAUCUCCAGAUGCACUCAAUUACUCUGACCUCUAUGGAGCUGUGCUUUCACUUCUGUGGAUUGGAGCUCAAUGUGAUGCAGUGGAACGGCCUUCUGAUAGCCCUAAGCUCUCAUAUCUGGGUACGGCUGCAGUACAGUACUGCUUCGGUGCAGUAUGGCGCUUGUUGCUAAGCCUUCCACCCUCUAUUCAACUGUCAGAAGCUUUGGCCACAGGCAAUGCAAUGCUUGACCUUCCCCACAUCUUACAUGCAAUUGUCUGGGUUUCAAGAUUCGGGCAUAAGAACUUCAAUGUCUGGAUCAAGGAUUCUCUAGUGAAGCAAGGCAUGACACCACAGCGAGCGGAGUCCACUGUGCACCAAGUCACAACAAAUGCCAGCCAGCUUCUGUUCGAUGUGAGGGUGUUCAAGCAGCUGGCUAGCAAACAGCUGGGCCAAGGACCAGCCGAUUUGUCAGGUCCUGUCAGUCGUUCUGAACUGCCACAUCUCAUGGACCUGUUUGUACUGGAAGCCCUUAUUGCAAAGCUGCAGGUCUCCUUGGAUUUCACCCUCUUGAAACCUACGAAUGAAAAUCACAGCCGGGAGGUCAAGGAGUUCUCGUGGGAGAUCUUCCCAAUUCUUCUUCGUCUGAUCAAACUCUACAACACAUGCAUCAGGUGGAGUCUUUUGCUCCAGGCCAUCGAGUUGUCACCCACAGGGCGUUCGGAAACAAGCCUGCGUGCUAUGGACGUUGUGCUGCGAAUGACUUCACGACGCUGCUCUCAGGUUUCAAGCACCGUUGCUGCCAUUGUGUCGCAUUUGCCACCACAAGUGGACAGCACCCUUGAUUUCUGGAAUGCAAUGGCAGUAAAUGUCUGCAACUGGAGAAAUGACUUUGCCAAUGACAGCCUUCCAUCGGAGAGCUACAUUGCAGCCGUGCAGGUCGCUCAUUUCUCCCCUUUGUCAGCAAACUCCACAUUCUUGAUCAACUCCAGCUUGAAGCGCAUUCUUCAGUGCAUUGUGCGCUUUGCUCAAGAUGUCUACAGCUGGUCUGCGGAAGACAAGUUCUCUAAUGACCUUUUGCGGGCGAUGCUGCCACUGUUACUAGAUGCUACCACAGAGUCACAGACAGACUUUGUGAUGCUGGCUCUUGAUGGCAUCAUUGGCUCGUCAGACACAGAAGAGUUUGCACAACAUGUUUAUGAAGAGAUGCUAGCAAACUGUUAUGAGUUGGUUAUCAAUUACUCUCACAAAGAAAGUGAACUCAAUGAAUUGGUGUUUCAUGAAUGCCUGAAGUUCAUGGAGAGCCUCUUGGACAAGCAGCCUGGCAAAAAAGCUCUGGAGAAAUUUUUCUGUGAUAAAGACAUCUGGAAUAUCCUGUUGUCUGCAGCAGAAGGAAACUUGAGUCCUGCAUAUGGAACUCGUGUUCUCAAGUUCUUCAGCAAACUCUUCACCCAAAUUGACAAAAAUCCUGGGGACCCAAGUAUGGAAAAGUUAAAUGCCACGCUCUCCAGAAUGAACCGGUUGAAUGAACUAGACUUAAAAUCUCUCCAGAAUUGGCUAAGCAAAGUUGUAACUGGCUCCAAGGGAGCAAACUUCAGUCAGGAUAGCAGUUCUGUUCAAGAGAAUCGACUUCUGCUUCAGAAUUUGACAAGUUAUAUUGUCAAAGAAAACAACAAGGUGUCAACUCAGGUUGCUGGAUCUUUCUUAGCUGCACUGAUUGAAAUUGGAACCCACCUUUUAUCUCCUGCAUCUGAAGGCAUUGGCUUCUCUGACCUCAUGGUUGUCAUGUCCAUUUUGGCUAGUGCAGGUUCUGGCUGUGGCCAUCUGCAGCUUUUCAAGGCAGCAACAGAAUGGCUUGAGACCUGCAGGAAGUAUUUGUCCCAGAAAGAUGUGCUUGAGAAACUAGAGGACAAUGUCAGUAGCGGGAAGCACCAGGUCAUCAUGAACUCUGCAUGCUACUUACUCUCGUAUGUAGCUGACCUAGUGGGCUCUCUCAAGCUUCUGGCUGAGAGGCCACUCAUUGUUGGCCGGAGCGGAGCUGCCAGCCCACCACUAGAUGGUGAUGCUCAACACCCAGAACCUGACUCGGAUUGGGCUGAUGAGCUGGGCCCCGAGGACGAUGAAUCUGGUGGUGAAGACUCUGAUGAAGACUCUCUUUGCAACAAGCUUUGCACCUUCACCAUGACCCAGAAGGAAUUCAUGAAUCAACACUGGUAUCACUGCCACACAUGCCGUAUGGUGGAUGGUGUAGGUGUCUGCACCAUCUGUGCCAAGGUAUGCCACAAGGACCAUGAUGUGACAUAUGCAAAGUUUGGCUCCUUUUUCUGUGACUGUGGGGCCAAAGAAGAUGGCAGCUGCCAGGCUCUAGUCAAACGUAACCCGCAGAUAUCAUCAGAUACAGGGCCCGUGUCUGCAUCCACAACAGCAGCAUUUUCCCUUCCAUCAGAAAAUGUGCUGCCCAGCUCAAUGCGUCGUAGGACCUCGUCGCCUGUCCAAGGCCCUGGCUCUGGACCUGGUUCAAGUGCUGCUGAUGCCCGCACACCUAUGGCUACAUCAGUGGACUCUAAAAAGGCUACUGAAGAGACUCUGAAACACCGGCAGCAGCUGGCAAAGAAGUUGGAGGCAUUUCGAGGAGCCCUUGUUGAGCACAUCGUUUCUGCAAGCCUGGUUGGGACUGUUCUGGAAUUGAUUCAGUUCCUGAUGCCUGCCAUUGUGGAGACAUAUAACCGAAACUCACCCAUCGGUAGCUCAACUCGUGCACAGAAGGCACUUGCUGAGCUCCACACACAGGAAAAGCUGUUUGAACAUGUUGACCAGCUGAUGGUGCCAACUCUGGGAUCUCAAGAAGGAGCCUUUGAAAAUGUGCGGAUGAACUUCUCUGGAGAGCAGGGACAAACCAUACGACAGCUGCUUAGUGCUCACAUGAUUCGUCGAGUAGCCAUGUGCUGCCUGGCAUCACCCCAAGGAAAGCGCCAGCACCUGGCUGUCAGCCAUGAAAAGGGAAAGAUCACACUGCUCCAGCUCUCGGCACUUCUCAAGCAAGCAGAUUCCAGCAAACGCAAGCUAACCAUCACUAGACUGGCAUCAGCCCCAGUUCCAUUCACAGUGCUCUCGAUCACCGGCAACCCAUGCAACGAAGACUUUUUGGCAGUAUGUGGACUAAAGGACUGCCAUGUGUUGACCUUCAGUAGCAGUGGAUCUGUAUCUGAGCAUCUUGUUCUUCAUCCUCAACUUGAGACAGGCAACUACAUUAUAAAGGCCAUGUGGCUGCCAGGCUCCCAGACAGAGCUUGCCUUGGUGACUGCUGAUUUUGUCAAGGUGUACGACCUGUCAGUAGAUGCCCUGAGUGCACAGUUCUUCUUCCUUCUGCCAACGGGCCGACUGCGUGACUGCUGUUUUGUCUGCCCUGAGGAAGGGCCUCGGCAUUUGCUGCUCAUGUCAUCAGCUGGCUACGUAUACUGCCAGCCUUUGAUUGAGGAGAGCUCGGCUCGUCAUGGACCCUUCUAUGUCACAAGUGUUCUUGACAUCCAGCAUCCUGACAUCAAGGACUCUGUAGGUACAGUGGCCGGGGGUGGUGUGUCCAUCUACUACUCCCAUGUGCUGCAGUUGCUGUUCUUGAGCUAUGCCAAUGGAAAGAGUUUCAUGGCAUGCAUGUCUCAAAUCACUUCAGAAAUAACCGACCCUGUGCUGAUCCAGCUUAAGCCCACAACAAGCAGCAAUGGCGGCUCAGGGGGCACCACUACCACCAACACAGGAAGCAAUGUGCCCACAGGUACCACCACCACCACCACAACCACCACCUCAACUAGCAAUGCUACUGGGGGUAGCAGCAAUACCUCAAGCAAGCCAACACCCCAGCCCCUGUGCCAAUGGUCUGAGGUGCCCAAUCACCCUGGCCUUAUCCUAGCACUUAUGCAGUUCUCCAAUAAUCCCCUGGUGCUUAUGAUCAAGCCUGGUACUGUCCUUGUCCAGGAGAUCAAGAUCUUGACUGCAAAGUCUAAGAUCACAGACCUGGUCGCUAUUCGGCAUCCAACAUCAAGUGGUGAGAUGCGCACUACCUUGAUCCUGCUUUGUGAAGAUGGCAGCUUGCGCAUCUACAUGGCCUCACAGGAACAGACAGGUUACUGGCUGACUCCAGCAUUCCAGCCUGCUGCCAUCGUAGGGGUGGCAGGGUCAGCAGUUUCUGGUACACCCUCAGGGCCAACUGGUGGUGGUAGUGCAGCACCUCGUCCAUCCAGGAGAAAAAAGUCAGUACGAGGUCGUGUGGGCCCAAGCACUGUGCCAGUGUCCUUUCCUGUAGACUUCUUCGAACACUGCACAGCCAUUCAGGAUGUGGAAUUUGGUGGGAAUGACCUGCUUCAGAUCUACAAUGCACAGCAGGUGAAGCACCGACUUAACACAACAGGCAUGUACGUGGCCUGCACUAAGCCUGGUGGUUUAACGCUGGAGAUCACAAACACUGAUCCAACGUUGGUGAUGGUGGGUGUGCGAGUGCUGGUGGGCUCACAGGAUGUGCAACGGUCACCUUCAACUGUGGAGCUUUUUGGCCGCUCCCACUCACUGGUGCUGACGCGGUCGCGCUGGUAUGACUUCCCUUUCACCCGUGAGGAGUCGCUGAGUGCUGACAAGAAGAUCAGUCUAUUCUUUGGACCAAGUAGUGACCCAUCAUGUGUGACCAUGGUGGAUUCUGUCAAAGUUUAUGGCAAGUCAAAGGAAUCUUUUGGUUGGCCUGAGGAGAGUGAUGAGUUUGCUACCGGGGUAGGUGUUGCAGCACAGUCCAAUGUGGUAGGAGUGGCUGGAAUCGACCCUGAUGGAAUCCCAUCUGCACCAUUGCCAUUGACAGCUCUGGACAGGCUCACAAGCAGUUGCUUGGAGAUGUUGGAUGACUGCUUCUCGGUGAGCUCAUUGUCAGAGGAGUGGCUGUCUGGAAAUGCUAAAGGGACUGCCUUGGAGGUGGCCACACGCCUGCUAACUUUGCCCACUCCGCCAGCGGUACACCAGCAAGUUCGUGCACUACUGGCGGCUUUGCAUCCCAGCCGCACCGCCUACACCAGCCAUCGGGAUCAAGCUCUGUUGAGCUAUGUCCUAGAAUGCCUAAACAAUAGCAGCAAGGAGAAGCCACCGUUCCAAGACCUUGAUGGUGAAGCCUUUUACCGGUUGGUGGCCAUUGCCCGUGGUGUGGCUUGUGCUCGGCCUGCCAACCUUGUGCAGUUUGCAGAGUCUCACGAAGUCAGCGCAGGCCCUGUAGAAGGCUUUGAAGAACUGAACAAGGAAGAGGUGCUUGAAGAGAGGGGCUUACCACUCAAGGUACACAUAGCAACCAACACAGUGCCACCUCCAGAAAGCAGCCAUUUCCUGAGCAUCUUGACUGAGGCUUUCUGGCAUCUGCACCGGCAGCAGCCUCAGAACCCUGCUCUGGCCCCAAUCUCCAAACAUGGCCUAGUCCAUGUUGAAGCCACUGUGCAAGCCUUGGUUGAGGUGAUGUAUGCAUUUGUGGCCUUGGACAUGGAGAAUGUUGGCUUGGUGGCAAAGCUGUUUGCCCGUCUGCUGCUCUGUGAGGACAUAGUAGUAAGCUUUGCUGCUAAGCAGGCCAUCAUUCGUGUGCUGCGGCCCAAGACACGGAAGCGAAAAGUUUUCAUUCCUCGUACUGCUCAGUGUAGCACACCUGGUGAAGUAGCCACUGACCAUACAGAUGGAGGCAAAGCAUCCACAUCGGGGGCAACAGGUGUGUCGCAGUCUCUGUCGGGUACUCCACAGCCGCUGGUGUCCAUGCCAGGCAGCUCAUCAUCAACGCUUGGGGGCCUUGAGGUCCAGCCACAGGCUUCCCUGGAAUCUCAGGCAGAUGUGGAGUCGCAUUUUGAGAUGCUCGAGAACAUGGAUGCUGUGGUCCUCUUGGGGGGUGCCGGAGGUGCUGGUGGAGGGGGUGCCUUCCCACCACUGCUGGAUAUUCCACCUGAUGCCGACGAUGAAACCAUGGUGGAACUGGCCAUUGCCCUCAGCCUACAAGAUCAACCUGGCCAGUCUGAAGACAUAAAUCUGGGUGCUCUGGGCAGCACUGGAGGGUCACAAGGUCAAAGUCAACGGGCGUCGUCUCUUGAAGGCGGUCACUAUUCAGACACUACAGCCUCAGCCGGUGCUAGUGAUGAUGAAGGAAGCACAGCUGCCACUGAUGGCUCCACACUGCGCACAUCACCUGCUGAACAGCAAGGUGGCAGUGGUGCUGGCUCGGAGAGUGGAGGCAGCGGGGCUGAUUCAAUGACUGGCGAGCCUAAUGUCAGUGGGCGCAGUAGCGCCUAUGGUGACAAUGCAUUGCCUGAAGGUGGCCUGGCACGUUCAGAGACGAGCUCAGUCGGGCUUCCUCCCACACUACCUCAGGAGGACCCUGACACUGCUUGGGGCCUUCAUGCCCUGCGUUGUGCCUUACUUGACCGAAUGCUACGUUUUCUGCCGCAGUUACGCAGUGUGGGUGGAGUACGGGCCAUACCAUUCAUGCAGGUGGUGCUAAUGCUCAGCUCAGAUUUGGACAGUGAGGAUGAAAGAGAUCGUGCGACUCUGGACAAUCUGCUGAGCAGCUUGAUUGGUGAGCUAGACAGAAAUGUGGCUCGUGUGGUGGAGAGGAGCCCAUCCUCCGAGGAACAGCUCAUUGUCAUGCGCCUACUCAGUAUCAUGAUGUCACGCAUCAAAAGUUCAGCCAAGGCUUCUGGCCCCAGCGACCCUGCUUGCCAGAACUACUGCAGCACUUCAGCUGCUGUGGCCCUACAUGCCAGUGGCAUUGUGGACCACUGCCUGCAGGUUCUGGGUACCCUGCUGGAGCACUGGAAGGCAGUGCAGAAUGCGGAUGGUGAUUCACCUGGAGGCGGUUCUAGCGGAAGCACUGGGCCUCCACUGCUGAAACCACACCCUGCUUCUCCUCCCCCAGACAUGUCUCCUUUCUUUUUACGGCAGUAUGUCAAGGGACAUGCUAACGAUGUGUUCGAGGCUUACCCCCAGCUUUUGACAGAGAUGGCCUUGCGCCUGCCAUAUCAGGUGAAGAAGGUGUGGGCAGUGGUGCCUCCUGGCUGUGUAGCACCCAAUUUCGGUUCCACGUGGUACUCGUACCUGUGCGAGUACAUGAUGGUGCAGCAAACGCCCUUCAUUCGGCGCCAAGUGCGGAAGCUGCUGCUCUUCCUUUGUGGUUCCAAGGAGAAGUACAGGCAGCUGCGGGAUCUACAUGCCCUUGAGUCACAUCUAGCAGGUGCCCGCACUGUAUGUGGGGCCACUGGUGCCACUACACCUUCAAUAGGCACUGCUACGCUGCCUUAUGAUGCCCUUAUCUUGGUGGUGGAACACCUCAAAGCAUGCGCUGAAGUGGCUACUUCACGCACAGCUAACUGGCAACGCUACUGCCAACAUGACAACACAGUUCUACCCUUCCUCUUUCAGGUGAGCUUCCUACUGGACGAAGGAGUGGCCUCUAUAAUACUGCAGCUGCUUCAGUGUGCCUUGUGUGGUACAGCUUCAUCGCAGCAGCCUCCUCAACAUCAGCAAGGAACAAAUAAGUCACAUGGUACCUCUGGUUCACCAUUCAAGCAGCCGCAUCGUCGUGAGCGGGACACAUCAGAGGAGCCCGAUGAAGUUGAAAAUUCAGAUGAGGCUCAGUGUGCUGCUCUGGCACAGCAAGUGCAUAGUUCUGUGGAACGCUCCUUGCUCGGUCAAUUUGUGCGAGCAUUCCUUCUUGAGUGCAACUCUACAGCUGUCCGAUGGCAGGCGCACUCACUUCUUCACCAGCUACACAGACACUCACAGCCAUCACAUCGAGAGGCUCUGCUGACGCUGAUGUGGGAGCUCUGGCCACAGCUUCCCUCAUAUGGGCGAAAGGCAGCACAGUUCGUGGACCUCUUAGGCUACUUUACACUCAAGGCCCCACAGCCUGAGCAGGAGUUCACUGAAAGGGCGUUGGCUGUGCUGCAUCAGCAGAAUCAGCUCCUGUGCAACCACCCCAACUCCAGUUUGUACAACUCUAUACGAGGGUUAGUGGAAAUGGAUGGCUACUACCUGGAAAGUGAGCCUUGCCUUGUCUGCAACAACCCCGAGGUGGCUUACGCAAACAUAAAACUGUCUGCCAUAAAGGUUGACUCGCGCUUCACCACUUCCACCCAGAUUGUCAAACUGGUUGGCUCACACACAGUGUCGCGCAUUGUUCUGCGUAUUGGAGACUUGAAGCGAAGCAAAAUGGUGCGAGCCAUUAAUAUCUACUACAACAAUCGUUCAGUACAGUCAGUUGUGGAGCUGAAGAACAGACCUGCCAUGUGGCAUCGUGCCAAACGCUGUUCCUUGGCUGCAGGCCAGACUGAGCUCAAAAUGGACUUCCCACUUCCUAUUGUGGCAUGCAACCUUAUGAUAGAGUAUGCAGACUUCUAUGAAAACGUUCAGGCAUCAUCGGAGACGCUGCAGUGCCCACGCUGCAGUGCCUCUGUUCCAGCCAGCCCUGGUGUGUGUGCCAAUUGUGGAGAGAAUGUAUUUCAGUGCCACAAGUGCCGUGCUAUAAACUAUGAUGAGAAGGACCCAUUCUUGUGCAAUUCCUGUGGCUUCUGCAAGUAUGCCAAGUUUGACUACACCUUGACUGCCAAGCCUUGCUGUGCCGUUGACCCCAUUGAGGGUGAGGAGGACCGUAAAAAGGCGGUGGCCUCCAUCAAUGCACUGCUUGAAAAAGCUGACAAAGUGUACCGACAGCUUAUGGCCCACAAGCCGACGUUGGAGCUGCUGCUUCUCAAGGUUCAGGAGCAGGGCCUGGUAGACAGGGCUCUGGAAGAGGAAGCAGCUGCUGCAGCAGGUGCAGCAGCAGGCACAGCUAGCACAGGGACAGCCUCAGCAACACCAGCAAGCACUGGUUCUGCAUCAGGGUCAACAUCCAGCAUGGUGAACAGGUCCAUACAACAACUUGCCCAGAAGUACUGCUCUGAGUGCAAAACCUCCUUUGAUGAGCUCAGCAAGAUUGUUCAGAAGAUCUUGGCUUCACGAAAGGAACUUGUUGAGUAUGAGCACAAGCAGAAGGACAGCAGGAAAGCCCAAGCAGCAACCCCAAAUUCAACAGCUGCACAGCCAGUGAGAAACGAAUUGCCAUCGCCCGGCAACUUCAGCCUACCAGCAAGCAAUAAGCAGUCAUCUGGGAGAUGCUAUGGCUGUGCCAGUGCUGCAGUGGAUCACUGCAUCACCUUACUGAGAGCUUUGGCUACAAGUGUUCCAUACAGGCAACUUCUGUGUGAGCGGGGCUUGAUAGGGGAACUGGUGGAGCACAACCUUCGUCAAGGCUGGUCACAGGUUGGCCAGUUGGUGUGUCUGCUAACACGAGACAACCCCCAGGCCACCGACCACCUCAAUGGAUUGCUCAUGGAACGCAUAUCACUUGCCCUACUUCGUGGUGGGCAGGCACCCUCCCUACGCCAGCAGCCCUGCCCAGCCCUAAUACCUGAUGCUACCACACCACCUGCCACAACAGAAGAAGACAGCAAUGAGGCAUUGUCAACCCCACCACCAGUUGUAGUUGGUGUCCCUGACUUGCCAGCUGCAGUGCGCCAUGAGGUGGCCUUGUUGGCUCUUUCACUGCAGAAGGAGGACUCUUGCUGGGAACAGCGGCUAAGGUGCGUGAUGCGAUUGUUUCUAAUGGGCAUCAGUUCCCAAAGCCCCAUUGUGUUGGAGAGCAUCACACUGCCUUGUCUCAAAAUACUUCAAGCAAUUAUAAAACCAGACCCACCCAUCACUAAACGCAACAAAGACAAGUCGAUUGAGGAACUGGCUACUGUGCGGCCUUCAGGCAUGUGUGUUGCUGUGGACCUUAAGGGAUGGCUGGAUGGAGACCCGCUGCAGACAUACAGUGCCUGGAAAAGCCGAUGCCUGGGUCGACCUGCUGACACACUAUCACUUGGUGGAGGCAAGCGACAACGGCGCGAGGACGUUCGGGCACGCUUUCUGGUGGAAAAGUAUGGUUUGCGCUGGCGCCAGCUGGCUCGCCGAGGUGGAUCUUCUCUGCGCCUGCUUAUGUUCCUACAGCCAUCACAGCAGCCCACCAAAAACCAGCCACGCCGACCACGCUCUCUUCAAUCAAACUGGCUGCGACAGGUUUUGUUCAACCCGUCUUGCCGCCAAGCACGCACUGUGGCCUGCACCUUGGUUAAAGCCCUCUGCCAGGUUCCAUCACGGUGCCGGGAGAUGCUGGACCUGCUGACAACAUAUUUGGAUGACCUAGGCACAGCUGGUGAGAGUGGAGCUAAAUUCCUGUCUCUCUACCAGAGCCUUAUUGGUCCUGACCACUGGAAGCACUACCUGGCCAUCAAAGGCCUACUUCCACACCUUGGUGACCUCAUCAGCUCAGAGAUUGAACAGCUCACCCUGCUUGAGGAGACUACGCUCAAUGCUGACCUUUCGCAGGGUUUUGCCCUGAAGAUGCUCACGGAGCUGCUUUCCUCAUUCAUCGAAGUGGACUCAAUCCGGCAGCAAUAUAAAUCACGUCUUGUUGGAUGUGUGCUCAAUGGCUACUUGUCUCUGCGUAAGCUAGUGGUUCAGCGCACAAAGUUGAUAGAUGAGACACAAGAAAAAUUGUUAACACUGCUAGAAGAGAUGACAACAGGCACAGAGUCAGAGACUGAAGCAUUCAUGGCAGUUUGUGUUGCAACGCUAGGCCGUUAUGGACUGGAGGACCUGCGAACGCCUGUGUUUAUCUUUGAGCGGCUCUGCUCAUUGAUCCACCCUGAGGAAAAUGAGCUAGGCGAGUUCCUUGUGACUCUCGAGAAAGACCCACAGCAGGAAGACUUCCUCCAGGGUCGCAUGCUGGGCAACCCGUACAACUCGAAUGAGCCUGGCAUGGGGCCACUAAUGCGCGACCUCAAGAACAAGGUGUGCCAGGACUGUGAGUUGGUGGCCUUGCUCGAGGAUGAUAAUGGCAUGGAGCUGCUUGUCUGCAACAAGAUAAUGAGCCUUGAUCUGCCUGUUAAGGAAGUCUACCGCAAGGUCUGGUGUCCCGAGAAUGGCGAGUCAGAGGCAAUGCGAGUGGUAUACCGUAUGCGGGGGCUGUUAGGAGAUGCAACAGAAGAAUUCGUGGAAUCUCUGGAGGCAAAGGCUGGUGGCCCUCAGGUGGAUGAGGAACAUGUGUACAGGCUAGCACGUGUCAUGGGCACUUGCGGAGGCCUUGAGGCCAUGCUCGAGCGCCUUGCUGCCAUUGAUGACCUAUCACGUGGGCGGCCAUUGCUCACUGUCCUUCUCAAGCUAUUUGGCCUCUGUGUAAAGGUUCGGAGCAACCGUCUGCAUCUUCUGGAGCCGUCGUUGCAUGCUGUUGCUCGCCUCUUGGGAGCACUGCGGCUACUACUGGGAGCACAGGAGGCCGCUCUUGCAGAGCAGCUUCUGGCGACACUGGAGGCCGUACUGGCUGAGGGAGCUGCCCAUGUGCCUCCUCAGCUUCCUGAAGGUGUUACACAGGAUGACAUCACCUUCCUUCUGGCCCAAGUGGGCACUGGGCGGCCUAGUCCCCGUCUUUUGCAGCUGCUCAUGCGUGUUGUGCCCUUCUUAACCCUCACUGACGAGGCCAAAAUGGAUGUCCUCAUCAACCACUUCAAGCGGCAGCUCAAUUUCAUUCGCUUUGAUGGGGAACACACACCAGAGGAUGAUGUCCAGCUAGAGUGUUUCUGCAACCUGAGUGCUGGAAUUGAACGCAAUGAUAAUGGCAAUCGACUCAAAGACCUUCUUGUUGCCCGUGGCAUCGUAGAGGGUGCUAUUCAGUACCUGCUUGUGUAUGCACCACCUGCCAAGCGACGUGUACUUGAAGCAGUCCCACACAAGGAGGCAGCAGCGAAUGGUGGUGCAGUGCAUUACAACGUGCUGCCAAGCAGGAGUUCUCUGCUGUCAGCCUCAGAAAAUUGGAAGGAGUUUACAUCCAAGCCAGCUCUGAAGUAUGUCCUCCGAAUCUUGACGGGCCUCAGUAGAGGACAUGAGAAAACACAGGUCCUAGUCAGCACAGAAUGCAUUCCUAUCAUUCAUCGUCUGGAGCAGGUGUCAAGCGAUGAGCAUGUUGGCUCACUGGCGGAAAAUCUUAUGGAGGCCUUAAAAGAGAAUCCUAAUGUGGCACAGAAGAUUGAAGAGGUCCGCAAACAGACCAGAGAUGAGAAGAAGAGGCUUGCAAUGGCUAUGCGUGAGAAGCAGCUUGGCGAGCUUGGCAUGCACACCAAUGAGAAGGGCCAAGUGACAGCCAAGAGCUCAAUCCUAAAGCAAAUGGAAGACUUGGGUGAAGAGGCAGGACUCGUGUGCAUAAUCUGUCGUGAAGGCUACAAGUUCCAACCCAGCAAGCUGCUUGGCAUCUACACCUUUACCAAGCGGUGUAAUCUGGAAGACUUUGAAGCCAAGCCUCGCAAGACACCUGGAUACACAACAGUUACUCACUUCAAUAUAGUCCAUGUUGACUGCCACAUGGCUGCCGUCAGGCAUGCCAGAGGCCGUGAUGAAUGGGAGAGUGCAGCAUUACAAAAUGCAAACACAAAGUGCAAUGGCCUUCUUCCCCUUUGGGGCCCACAAGUUCCGGAGUCACAAUUUGCCAGUUGCCUUGCCAGGCACAACACGUACAUCCAGGACUGCACAGGCCACCUGGAUGUUGGUUACAUGUCAACACUGCAUGACUUGAAGCUUCUGUUGAGCCGCUUUGCCUUUGAGCGCUCCUUCAGCGAAGACAGUGGUGGUGGUGGACCGCAGAGCAACAUGCACCUCAUCCCGUACCUUCUUCACAUGGUUCUUUAUGUCAUAAACACGACAAGGUGUGUAGCAAGAGAGGAGAAGAACCUUGCAAACUUCCUGGAGAUGUCACCUGACCGGCAGGUUGAAAACUGCUAUGAGAGUGAGGGCCCAUGCUACUGGACAACCAUGGCGCUCGCGGUGUGGUCCCAUAACCGGUGGCGAUGUGGCCGUAUUGCACUGGUCCGACGCAUGCUGGUACUAGCGCAUGCACGACAUCUGAGCCCGCAAGGCUGCUCAGCACUUACAGACACAGUUCCCCGUGAAUUUGCUGUCUACCGACCCUACCUCUGCUACCUUGCCAUGGUGGAUGGAUUGUACAACACCAUGUUCAAGAGGGUUUCCUGUAGCAGUGACGAUGGCUGGUCAGUGGCCUUGGCAGAUUAUAUCCGCCACAAUGACCAGCAGCACCUAGAACUUGGAGACAAGCUGCUAAGAAAUUUUGAAGAACAAGUGCUGACGUGCCAGUCAUUUAUGGAAUAUUGUGAUGUCAUGGGUCUUCUGUGUGAAAUUCCCAACCCAGAUGCCUUCCUGCUAGAAUCACUUCAGCUAAGGAUCUGAUUCAAGUUUUAUUAUUGAAGUACUAUUUAAAUAAAGAUGCUUGCUUGUGAA